GCGCGGAGGCUUGCGCUGGCGCGGACUACAGAACCUAGGCUGAGCCCGGCGCGCGCUUAGAGAGGGCCCGCGGCUCCUCCUCCCACUCUGCUCCUCCUCUUUUUUCUCCUCCUCCACCUCCUCCUCUGCCGCCUCCUCCUCCUCCUUCUCCUCCUCCUCUUCUUCAAUUCUCUGGGUGGUUCGGCUCAGCUCGCAGGCUUCGCAGAGACCCCCUACUCCAAUUCGCCUUUGGUUGGGAACACACCCCGAGGGGAAAGAGACGUCUAGGCAUCUUGGCCGUCCGGAGCACCUGACUGCUCCUGGGUGAACCCCAACUGCAGCCGCCGCUUCCCGAGGCAGAGUUUGCGCCCCUGAUUUGCGCCCUGGGCGCCGGAGCCUAGUGAGCGAUGCCCGCGGCGUAAAAGCGCCCGCUGCGGGCGCCGACCUCUGCCCUGGUCUCCCGCCCCCACCUCACCCUCUGACCUUGUGACCCUGGCUUCGGCGCCGCAGCUCAGGCACCCCACGAUGUAGCUGCCCCCACGCCUCUGCGAGAGGCGUCCUGGCCCGCGGGGGCCCGGGGCCCGGAGCCUGGCCUGGGGGCAAAGCCGAUCUCGGGCGGGGCCGGGGCCGCGGUGGAGAUGCACCGGGCCGGUUAACGCCGGGAGCGCCAGGCAGCUGAGGCGGGGGGCAAGCCCUUCCUCGGGGCAGCCGCGUCCCCGGUCCCGCCGCGAUGCUGUUCCACAGUCUGUCGGGCCCCGAGGUGCACGGGGUCAUCGACGAGAUGGACCGCAGAGCCAAGAGCGAGGCUCCGGCCAUCAGCUCCGCCAUCGACCGCGGCGACACGGAGACGACCAUGCCGUCCAUCAGCAGUGACCGAGCUGCGCUGUGUGCUGGCUGUGGGGGUAAGAUCUCUGACAGAUACUACCUGCUGGCAGUGGACAAGCAGUGGCACAUGCGCUGCCUCAAGUGCUGUGAAUGCAAACUCAACCUGGAGUCAGAGCUCACCUGUUUCAGCAAAGACGGCAGCAUCUACUGCAAAGAAGACUACUACAGGCGGUUCUCUGUGCAGCGCUGCGCCCGCUGCCACCUGGGCAUCUCGGCUUCAGAGAUGGUGAUGCGUGCUCGGGACUUGGUUUAUCACCUCAAUUGCUUCACAUGCACCACGUGUAACAAGAUGCUGACCACCGGCGACCACUUCGGCAUGAAGGACAGCCUGGUCUAUUGCCGCUUGCACUUCGAGGCACUGCUGCAGGGCGAAUACCCGGCACACUUCAAUCAUGCCGACGUGGCGGCAGCGGCAGCCGCAGCCGCAGCGGCUAAGAGUGCAGGAUUGGGCGCAGCCGGGGCUAACCCUCUUGGUCUUCCCUACUACAACGGCGUGGGCACUGUGCAGAAAGGGAGGCCGAGAAAGCGCAAGAGUCCAGGACCUGGGGCGGAUCUGGCAGCCUACAACGCUGCGCUGAGUUGUAACGAGAACGACGCGGAACACCUGGAUCGUGACCAGCCCUACCCCAGCAGCCAAAAGACAAAGCGCAUGCGCACCUCCUUCAAGCACCACCAGCUUCGGACAAUGAAGUCUUACUUUGCCAUUAACCACAAUCCCGAUGCCAAGGACUUGAAGCAGCUCGCGCAAAAGACCGGCCUCACCAAGAGAGUCCUCCAGGUCUGGUUUCAGAAUGCCCGGGCCAAGUUCAGACGCAACCUUUUACGGCAGGAAAACACGGGCGUGGACAAGACGUCGGAUGCCGCGCUGCAGACAGGGACGCCGUCGGGGCCCGCCUCGGAGCUGUCCAAUGCCUCGCUCAGCCCCUCCAGCACUCCUACCACCCUCACAGACUUGACUAGCCCCACCCUGCCGACUGUGACGUCAGUCUUAACUUCUGUGCCUGGCAACCUGGAGGGCCAUGAGCCCCACAGCCCUUCACAAACGACUCUUACCAACCUUUUCUAAUGACUCGCCACCUCCUCCCCAAGCCCCCACGAUUUCUUUAAAAAAGAAAUUAUCUUUAGUUGAAUUCCAAGUGUAUUUUAAAAAUAGAGGCUUUGAGCAACUAACUAACCACGUUUUAGGAUCUCGCCUGGAAACAGAGAGAAAAAAAAAAGGAUUUGUGCUUCGGGCUAACGCAUCAGUGUGUGCUGAGGAAUUACUUGGGAGAUAUAUGUGCAACACAACAUUUGUGUCCUUGUACAGUUUUGUGGACCGAGCAAGGAAGCAACAAAUAAUUUAAGUUGGCUGAGAGCUUCCGUAUUUUCAAAGACUGCCACGUGCCUUAGGAAUACUGUUUUAUCUUCAUACUUUGAUGAAUUGUUCGUUUGUUUUUUUUUUCUCUCCCUCUUUUUCUCUCUGUAUAUUUAUGACCAGAGCAAAAUGUAAAAAAGAAAAAAACAAAAACAUUUGUUACUUUGAAUAGCCCUAAAAAGAAAAAGAAAAAAAAAUUAACUCCCCUCCCCCUCCAACGGUCGCUUUCUUGUUUUAGAAUUUUAAGGUGGAAGUCUGUUCAGAUAUCAGAAUUUGUAAAAUCUAACCAGUAAUAAAAUCACUUAUGGAAAA